CACUGACCACCAGAUGGACCUGCAAGGACACGGAGGAGGUGCCUUUAUGGCUACCAAGGUUGCUCAGAGUGGGCGAACGAACGAACGAACGGACGGACCUUUGCGGGGUAAAGUCGAAAUCUACCCCCCCGCGCUUCCCCGGAUGGCCGUGGCCGGUGCAAGCAGCACGGCAGGUGUGGAGUUAAGCUGCCCCCUGUCCCUGUUCCUGCCCUCCUGUGCCUGGCCCUGUACAGGCCCCUCUCCCGCAACAGUACAUAUAACCCUCGCAAAGUACUUUCCCACUCGCUUCCCCACACUGCACUGCGAUUAGCAUACCCAUUACCCGCACCCCACACAUACUAUCAGUACAAUGUCUGCUACCCUUCAGUUUGGUAAUGGCAAGUCCGCCAAGGUCCAGACCGGACUCUUUAUCAACAACAAGUUCCAGCCAGCAGCCGAUGGCAAGACCUUUGCCGUGGUCAACCCCACCAAUGGAAAGGAGAUUGCACAGGUAUCCGAGGCAUCCGCAAAGGACAUUGAUGUUGCUGUCAAGGCAGCACGAGAGGCCUUUAACACCGUUUGGGGUUACAACACCCCCGGCAAGGUCCGUGGCCAGAUCUGCAUGAAGCUCGCUGAGCUCAUCGAGGCCAACGUCGCCGAGCUCGCCGCCAUCGAGUCCCUCGACAACGGCAAAGCCUUUUCCAUUGCUUCCGGCUUCGAUAUCCCCGAGGCUGCUGCCAACUUCAGGUACUUUGGUGGCUGGGCCGACAAGAACCACGGAAAAGUCAUGGAAGUCGACGGCAGCAAGCUCUGCUACACCAGGCACGAGCCCAUUGGUGUCUGUGGUCAAAUCAUCCCCUGGAACUUCCCCUUCCUGAUGAUGGCCUGGAAGAUUGCACCCGCCCUCGCCACUGGUAACACCAUUGUCCUCAAGACUGCCGAGCAGACGCCCCUCUCUGCCCUCAAGUUUGCCGAGCUCAUCGAGCAGGCCGGUGUACCCCCCGGUGUCAUCAACAUUGUCUCUGGCUUUGGACCCGUCGCCGGCGCUGCUAUCUCCAAGCACAUGGACAUCGACAAGGUCGCCUUUACCGGCUCCACCCUCGUCGGCCGAAGUAUCCUGAGCGCUGCUGCUUCUUCCAACCUCAAGAAGACUACCCUCGAGCUCGGAGGCAAGUCCCCCAACAUCGUCUUUAACGACGCCGACAUCGACCAGGCCGUCUCCUGGUCUUGCUUCGGCAUCAACUUCAACCACGGUCAGACUUGCUGCGCCGGUUCCCGACUCUACGUCCAGGCUGGCAUCUAUGACCAGUUCCAGGAGAAGCUUCUCCAGAAGUACAAGUCCGUCAAUGUCGGUGACCCAUUCGCCGAGGCCACCUUCUCCGGCCCCCAGGUCUCGCAGCUUCAAUUCGACCGAAUCAUGUCGUACAUUGACAGCGGCAAGCAGGACGGUGCCAAGGUUCUCACUGGUGGUGCUCGAAAGGGCAACGAGGGAUACUUCAUCGAGCCUACUAUCUUCACCGGAGUCGACCCGCAGUCGAAGAUUGCCCGCGAGGAAAUCUUCGGACCCGUCCUCGUACUCCAGAAGUUCGAAGACGAGGCUGAUCUUCUCAGGAUUGCCAACGAUUCCAUCUACGGAUUGGCUGCCGCAGUCUUUAGCAGAGACAUCACACGAGCAUUGGACACUGCUCACAAGCUUCAGGCCGGUACGGUCUGGGUGAACUGCUACAACCAGCUCUUCCCCAAUGUACCCUUCGGUGGAUUCAAGUCUUCUGGUAUCGGACGAGAGCUUGGAGAGUACGCUUUGAGCAACUACACCAACGUCAAGAGUGUAAUCUGCAACCUUACAGCCCCUGCUCCUCUUUAGGAAGCUCGAGAACGAGUUGAGAACGAUAUGGUACGGUACGGAGGCGAUCCGGCGUAGUGGGAGGGGGUGAAAAUAUCCAUGUCCUUGAUAGGGUUGCGAAGUUUCAGGCAACGACGACGACAUUGCGCGAG